AGACUGUGGAGAGAAGUUGAGGGGAGAAGACGCUUGCGAAGGGCACAGGAAGCAGCAGCAAGCGCGGAAGAGAGCAUUAGCAGCUGCAGCAGCAGCGCACUCUAGGGCUGAAGCGGAGGCAGUGAUGGCGACCUCCUCUGCAAUGUCUCAGGCCGCUUCUCAGGCCUCUUCGUCAGGUGUUAGUCAGGGUAUGUCCCAGCCUUUCACUUGUCAGUUUGCUGGCUUGCAGGUCAGCCAGCAGCAACCCUUGUCAGCGGAGGAUUACGAGAUCCAACAGACGGAUGCCCUUCAUGAGGAGUUACAGCGUCAUUUAAAGGAAGUAGAGGAUAGAAGAGAGAAUGCUAGAAGAAGAAAAGCCAGACUAGAAGCACAGGGGUUGGAACUAAGUAGGCUAGAAGAUAUGGAUGGGGAAGCAUUGACCCUGAUGUACGGAUGCUUCGGUCAAGUGCAGGCCAUGCAACAGGAAAUGUUGGCCACAUUGAUAGCUGGCCAGAACAAGAUUCUGGCUGCGCUGCAAGUGCCAAGGCCUAUGGCUAGGCCAGCUGUCUGCGUUAGCACACGGUUUAGUGCCGACUGGCGUGGUGGGCAGCUCCGCUACGCAGUGAUAAGGCCAGGCGCCCGACGGGAGACUGGCAAAGAAGCGUACGAAGGAAUAAGAAAAGAGGAUGGACCUGAACGUACACGAACGUUAGAUGCCGUGGAAAGGAAGCAGUGGCGAACGACCACGACAUUCGCAAUGUCAACGAGUGGCGGUGACGAUGUCCCCGCUCGCUCGCCGCCGUGUGUGUCAUCUCCACAGGGGACACCCUUUGGUCGUUUGAGUGUCGAUCGCUCUCCGAGUGCUGCACUGGGCUUGUUGGGAGGAUCACCGCUUAGCAGUGGUUCGGAUGUGCGGACCGGGAAAAGGCGCCGUGGUGACGUUUCGCCUGCGACAUCUGGCAUCGUUGCACAUGGCCUGACGCACCGUGCAUCUUUCCCUGGUUUGUUGGGGGCUUCUCCACCAGCUGUGUCGGCGGUUCGUAAUGUUGUUGCGUAUGCAGGUGUGCUUGGUGCUCCGUUGCUACCGUCCCCGCUCCUCCCUAGACGGCUGGACUACGCGUCCACAAUUCCUCCAGCACCAGUUUGGUCACAUGCAGUGCCCCCGUCAUGUCCUCGUGGACGCUCUUCUGUCGACGGAGGUCGCAGCGACGUCCACCUCGAGCCAGUUGCUGGCACGCCGUCUUCGGCCGCCAACAACAUUGUGCAAGUGUGUGUGAGGGACGGGUGUCGGAGGCGGUUGUACGCGCUCCGCGAUGCUAUGGCCAGUGUCAGUGACAAUCACGGACCAGUCAGCGACGUCGUUGACCGGCUACUGCACUGGUCGUUGCCAGCUAUACGGGCGGAGUUCGGUGUCGGUGUAGCAGCGACAAUUUCUUCGACGUUGUCGUCCUGCGUGUGUGGGAAGGAUUUCCAGUUGCGUUAUUUGCUUGGUGAUUCUGGAGGUGACUAUGUUCAAGGGGGUUCGCAGGGUUCGGGGAGCGCCACGUUGGGGGGGUCGCAGGACGGUUCGCAGAACUCGUUCCCGUCCUCGCGUCGUGUAUCGCAGCGCAGUGACAGAGGGCGUGGUCGACCCCGCAGUGCGGGUCGCUCACAGUCGACGCAUGUACGGCCCCAGACAUGGUCAGACAGUUGGGAGGGAGUUGACCAGUGUGGUCCUGGACCAGACCGUGACGGUGUUGAGGAGGCGAUGACCCAGUGGACUGGACCCGAAGCGCCGAAUGUUGUGUUUCUCGAGCCGCAGCAACUAUAUCAUGCGACGGUGACUGUCGGCCUGACCUACACGCUCCUCGACAACUUCUGCGUUGCGUUGGGGUUGUGCUCGGUGCACAAACCCACAUUCUACAACUUCAUGCGCGGACCUGGGGACGACGCGGAGGGAUGGAAUGGUAAGGUCGUGCGGCAGGGCCUCAGAUAUUCCGAGCUUGCCAUUGAAACUGUGAUACGUCGUGGCGAGCCUGUUACAUUGAUGGUCGAUGGUCGAUAUGACUCUGCCAGAGGGGCGCAGCAUUGCACUGUCACUGCAAUGGAGUACGAGACUCGGCUUGUUGUCGGUGUUAUGACUCGCCGUCCGAAGACCGAAGGCAAGGCCUCGAGUGCGCUUGAGGUGCCAGCCGUCGUCCGACUGCUGCGAGGGUUGCUGGAAAAGGGGUUGAAGAUCUGGUGCGUCGUGUUCGAUGAUUGUGCCGCGUUGGGACCGCAGUUGCGAGCUUUGAACAUUGACUGGCAGAAGGAUUGCCAUCACAAAAUUAAAAACAUUCGCAAACUUUUCCGGAGUAUGCCGCAAUUGAAGGAGGCGAAGAAAGUGAGUAACCCGCAUGAGUGUGUGUCUGAUGCGCAGUUCAUGCAGUUCACGAAGAAACAGCUGGUGGAGGCCUUGCAUGAUCGUUUCGAACCCGGUGUCCUCACAACUGCAGAAGAGCGGAUGAAGAAAUCGGAUUUCAUCGGUGUCGUAAUGAAGAAGACGUAUCCCUUCGGGUCAAGGACGAACGUCCAAGAGUUGACUGCUGAUCCUGACGGCGUGACUGAGUAUCAUGCGCAUGAGGUCGGCAUGUGGUUCCUCCACGCUUGUCAGUUAUGCAAGGAGGAGGGUGGAGACACUCGCAGUUUGCACCGUGACAUCAUGCUCAUCGUCGAUCAUUGGGCAUGUGAUCAUUCGGGGUGUGUCGAUGGCAAGGAUGUUCUGUGCGAGAAGGCCGAUGGGCCUGGACGAUUGCCUUUGUAUAGGCGCACGAACAGGGUGUACGGACUCGUUCAACAUGUUAUGGGGAAACAAUGCAGCACUAAUAUCACAACGUACUACAUUGAGUUUCGACACACAUCGGCAGUGGAGACUUUUCAGGGCACCAUCAUCAUCUACGCGAAGAAGUCUGUGCAUUUCGAGAAGUCUUACUCUCCACGUGUGGCGAUCGCAAUGAUUCGGUGGAACAGUCAUUGCUGGUGCGCCCCGGUCGGCUAUCGUGCUCGCAUACCCGCAGGCACUUCGAUACGUCCGAGACCCGCCUUUCAUCGACAGACCGAGGACGCUGACGACUCUUGGAUGCACAGGUUGGCGGCGUUCAUGUUCGGUUCGUCUCCUGUUUCGGACUGGGCUCGAAAGCUUCUGCGGCAGGAGGAUUGUCCUUAUGGAGCCGGGCCCGCGUCGUCACCGCUUCCAUUGCCACGCGAUCUGUUUGUCGCGGGUGGGGCCGACCCAGUGGACGUCGCUGACGAUGCUUCCUCCGGAUCUGACCAUGAUGUCGCGGGGGACAGCCGUAUUUUCAUUGUCAGUGUACCAGCUCCAUUGAUGGACGCCGGAGUAGAGGUUGUCGACCUUCACGCUUACAUUGCGAAGAUCGACCGCGAGUUCAAGACGCAACGGUACGACGACAUCGACGCACCAUUGCUAUAUGUAUGCAUUCAGAUCGGAGAGGCGACCUGCAACGCCUUGAUCGAUUGCGGAGCAUCUUGCAACUACAUCAACCAGGACUUCAUGGUGCGCGCCGGCCUUGGCCCACGUGUCCGGAGGAAGUCCCAGCCUACGCAAGUCAAUUUGGCAGACGGUCAUACGCACAAGUCCAUCGACCGGUGCAUUGACGCCGUCCCCGUGUACUUUGCCCCUCACGCAAGUGAGGGGGUGUCCUUUGAUAUUCUGGACACCAAAUUUGACAUGAUCUUGGGCAUGUCAUGGCUGCGAAGCGAGGAUCACCCGGUGAACUUCUUCCACCGCACCGUUCACAUUCGUGAUCGGAACGGAGUAUUGGUUCCAUGCACGGUACCUCUUCCUCAUCCUUCGAUCAACUGCCACGUGGUAUCCGCCGCAAGCAUGCGAGCAUCCGUCAUCAGAGACGAUAUCGAGGAGAUGGGGGUGUGUUUUCUCCACGCUUCAUCGACGGACUCAUCUUCGGAUCCACGCAUCACCGAACUUCUUGACGCCUACAGCGACGUGUUCGAAGGCCCGCACGGAGUAGUACCGGAUCGGCCCAUCUGCCACGAGAUCAUCCUCGAGGACGGGGCCAGACUGGAUGAUUUCAUCAAGCUGGUGGAGGAAACGUGGCAUGACCCACAGGAGGCUCAAAAAGCCAUCGACGGAAUAUUGGCUCUGAGCUCACGGAAGUUGAGAUGGAGAGUUUUCGACAGGAGUGCGAGCGACGCUUCUCUUCCGCUUCUCGUUGCUGGAGAGCUCCUUGUUGUCCCUGCCUCCUUGUACUUCUCUGCGAAGACGUUCAAGUUCGUCGCGCUCGGCAUCAUCCAAUUUCGACUUCGUGUCAACGUCCUCCAGCUUCACAUUGAUGAGCUUAAGGGAAUCGCUCAGCGUCGAAGUAACCCAUGCUUUCAUAUCUUCGCUCGUUUCAUUCCUCUCGUGCGAACGGGCAUCGACUCUACUCCCUUCGUCGAGAAGUUCCACGACACGGCUUCCACUACGUUUAGCACCACCGUUCUUCUCAGCUCCAAUUUUCUUCUUGGCUUCUUCAAUCGCCUUGUUGGAUUUGAUGCCUUCAAGGAUCUCCAUAUGACGUUUAACUGCAUUCACCCAAUCUCUUUCUAUGGUUUCCUGUAUUGUUUGAACGUCUGCUCAAGGAUAGGCAGAACGAGACAAGAGCAAGGCGGAUCAGGAGGGCAAGAGGGUAGAGAGGAAGCAACACAAGAAGCUUCGUCAAAACCGGUGUACCAGGGACCUCUGGGAAGAGGAGGAGGAAGCGCCCAACCAGCGGCCCCAUCAGCACGAGGAGCAGGCAGCCAAGCACCGGGGGGGACAUUUGUGAACGUUUAUCAGAAUCCGGUGUACUUGGCUCCGCCACAAGCGAUGCAACCGAAUGGCUUUCUUGCCCAGCUUCUCCAGGAGAUGGCGCUUGCUCAACCAAAUAUUCAGCACCCGCUCGGGCAACCAUCGGGACUCUUCUCCCAGAUGGCCCACCCGGGAUACGUAGGUGGCUUCCAGCCAUAUCAAGCACAGAACGCGCUUCGACCCACGUGUCUAUUCCCGGGAGGCGAGCAGCUUGACCAAGGCCGAAUACAAGUACCGCAGCCGAUACGGCUGCAACUAUUGGUGCAACAACACCAAGCACAAGACCUCCCAAUGCCAAGAUCAAGGCAAGAAGGAUGUUCAACCUCGAAUCAACUCGUAAAACUGAGUUGCGCGGGAGGUGAGGCGACUCCACCUCUCACUCCACCAGAUUCGGCCGCCUUGCUAGCGGCCUCCUACACAUCUGGUGAGAAUGUGGAUGUAAGUCCUCGGUUCACUUACGAGGAUUAUGUUGUCCACUUGGUCCCACCGUUGGACCAGCCACUCCACAUGCAAGACUCCACCGCAUGCACGGUUUCAACACCAUCGGCAACUGAUUCGGCAGCUUCGCCGCCAACUUUAGCUGGGGAUUCGACGUCAUGGUCAAGACUUGAGAAACUCGACCCAUUGUCGUUCGCGGACUUCCAACGGAUGCCCCUUCCCCCGACCGGUCGAUUGCCGAAACCGCAUUGCAAUGUGCUCAUGGCACAAUUGCGGGAUUACUUGCACACUGCAAUACCAGCUCCGUUGAUGGACGCCGGAGUAGAGGUUGUUAACCUGCGCGACUACAUUGCGAAGAUCGACCGCGAGUUCAAGACACAACGGUACAACACCAACGACGCACCAUUAAUGUACCCCACGCAAGUCACAGUGGCCGAUGGUCACACGCACAAGUCAAUCGACCGAUGCAUUGAUUCCGUCCCCGUGUACUUCGCCCCUCAUGCAAGCAAGGUCGUGUCCUUCGACAUUUUGGACACCAAGUUUGACAUGAUCUUGGGCAUGUCGUGGCUGGAAAGUGAGGAUCAGCCGGUGAACUUCUACCGCCACACCGUUCACAUUCGUGAUCGGAACGGAGUACUAGUCUCGUGCACGGUGCCUCCACCUCAGUGUUCGAUCAGCUGUCACAUGGUGUCCGCCGCGAGCAUUCGAGCUGCCAUCACCCGGGAUGACGUCGAGGAGAUGGGUGUGUGUUUUCUCCACGCCCUCCCUCCCCAUGAUAUCCCAUCGACGGACGCAUCGACGGACCCACGCAUCACAAAGCUUCUCGACGCCUAUGCUGGCGUUUUCGAGCCCCACACGAAGUCGUACCGGAUCGGCCAAUCCGCCACGAGAUCGUCCUCGAGGCCGGGGCCGUACCUCUGCAUAAUUCGGCCUAGCUCUUCACCAUACGGCGCUCCCGUUCUCGUCGUCCGGAAGAAGAACAAGGACUUGCGGUUGUGCAUCGAUUAUCGCAAGCUCAACGCGCAAACCGUCAAGAACGCCGGCCCUCUUCUGCGCAUCAACGACCUCCUCGAACGGCUGUGCGGCACAAAAUUUUUCUCCAAGCUUGACCUCAAAUUGGGAUAUCACCAACUCGAGAUCCGGCAGGACCGCUGCAAGACUGCGUUCAAGAUGCGAUAUGGGCAUUUCGAAUGGUACUCACGAAUUGUCGCACCAUUGACGAGACUACAACCGCGAAAGGUGCUAUUCGCAUUCGACGACGAAGCGUGCCGGUCAUUCCAAGCACUCAAGACGGUCAUGCUCAUGGCGCCCGUCCUUAGCAUCUACGACCCCACCUUGCCAACAAGAGUGACAACCGGCGCCUCCGGCUAUGGGAUUGGGGCAGUCUUGGAACAACAUGACGGUGACGACUGGCAUCCCGUGGAGUACUUCAGCCACAAGGUGCCUCCCAUCAACUCACUUGAUGAUGCAAGGAAAAAGGAGUUGCUCGCGUUCGUGAUGGCUCUCAAGCAAUCGCGACACUUCCUCUUUGGGUGUCGUAGGUUCACAUGGGUCACUGAUAACAACCCGUUGACCUACUACAAGACGCAAGACACUGUGAGCAGCACUAUCGGGCGAUGGAUGUAUUUCAUCGACCAAUUUGACUUCACACUGAAACAUCUCGCCAGCCUCUCCAAUCGUGCAGUAGAUGCACUCUCGCGAAGACCCGAUCUUUGCGCUAUGACACAUCAUGCCUUUGCAUUCGACGAGGAACUCCAGCGGCAUUUCAUUCGGGUCUACCAGUCCGAUCCGGAUUUUGCCACGCUAUAUGUGCAACUAUCUUCAGAUCACCCGCUGGCCAGCAAUUAUCGCAUCGUCGACGGGUACUUGCUUCUCCACUCGCGAGGCAAGAACUUACUCUGCGCACUAAGAACUGCCAUUGAAACUGUGGAAACUGGGACCGACGUCCUUGCUGUCCAAGGCAUACUGAUCAAGUGCCAUAAAGCACUUGAUGAUUUUGUCGUUGACCCCGUUGAACCCGAGUCUCAAGUGGCCUUCUCCACUUCAUGUUUGGGUGGGGAAGCAAAAGAGUGGGUUCUCGCUGAAGCCAAUGCGGCAGGAUUUGACGACAUCGGAGUAUGGGCUGAAACUUUGGACCUCAAACAGUUCCUUGCCAAGAUCAAGGAACGGUUUUUGGAUAAGACGACAACCGACAAGGCUUUUGACCAGCUCACAACGAUAGGUCAAAAGCAUUGGACUUCUGUUGAAGCCUUGUCUCGGGAGGUUGACCGUCUGUUGCAGGUUCCCGGUUUGAACCUGCAAGACAAUCAGGUAUUGUACAUUUACUCUCGAGCUUUGCCUGAGCCCAUACGCGGUGAGCUCGUGGCGGAGUCAAAGUCAGCUAAGUACAAUUACCGGCAAUUUCGAGACCUUGCUCUCCAAAGAGAGCAAAUGACUUCGCAAGUGAAGAAUUCUUAUGCAUCUGUUGUGAAGUAUGGUGGUGGUCCAGGAACAGGUAAGCGAGUACUUUGGCGCCAAAAGCGCCAAGACCACACCCUUGUCGUCUUCGAUGACGAAACUGUGGAAAGAUGGUCGUUGGAGGCCGAGGGUGUGGCGAACAGCAGUGAUUCCGGGAAGGGGGAAGUCACUGCUGCCGUGGUCAACAAGGGAGGACCACGACCGCCGGUUAAGAAGAGGAAGGCACGCUCGUUUCCAAAACACCCCGGAAUUGCGGUCGGGAAGCCUUGGGAGAAGAGGGGCCUGUCAAAAGAAACGUGGCAGGAACGAAUGGACAACGCGCAGUGCCUGAAGUGUGGCAUUGCAGGGCAUGUUUUUUUUCGGCUAUACGAUGCAUUUGAGAGACAAAGGACACGAGCUGAGGAAGACAAAGCGCGACUAAAGAAACAUGAGAGGGAGCGGAUAGAACGGGAGAAGGUUGGGGUUUCCAAGAGGUCGUUGGAGAUGACAAAGGACAGAACUGCAAAAGAGUACAGUAACUAUGGAGAGCUACUUUAUGUGGAAGGGGUUGUGAGGGCAGAGCAGAAGAAGAAGGAGGUUGAGAAACGACUAGCCGAGGAAAAGGAGGCCCAGGUGAAGGAGCUCACCCUCAAGCCAGAAAUCAGGCCACGUCAGUCGACAGCAGUGCCACGUCAGUCGACAAAAGUGCCACGUCGACAGCAGGGAGUACCACCCCAGCAGGCCCCCGGCCUCACGCGCUGUGAAACAACCGUCAUGGACCAGAAGUCCUGGGAAACGGACGAGGCCUAUCAGGCCCGUAUGUUGCUUAUGAUUACCGAAGCCAAACAACAGUCGGAUGCAUUAGCAGCCGCAGCAAAGAAGAAGGCGGAGGACGUCGAGAAGGCACAUCUGUUUGCAAUCGAACAACAGCGCCAACAAGACGAGGCAGCAGCAAAGGCUGUCGAUGAAGAACGAAUUCAACAACUGGAGCAGCGGAUCUGUGCUGCCGCCGCCAACCCAAGUUCGGCACCACGUGAGACGACUCCUAGGUUCGACGAUCAGGAGAUCUUCUGCGAUUCGACGAAGACGGACCCGAUUCCGUGGUUCCACAAGUUCGAGCUCAAGUUGCAGCUACUCCACAUCAGCGAGGACAAGCAUCACGCGUACUUAUACUCCCGGUCGGGAGGCACGUGCCAAGCAUGGUCGGACAACCUAUUGUCCAAGUACGGAGUGGUAGCUGUCGACUUGCACACCAAGAUCAGUUGGGAUGAUCUAAAGGCGGAGUGGCAUAAGCGGUUCCAAGUAGAGCCGCCGGAGAUCAAGGCAAUGGACAAGUUGAUUACCUUCGAACAAGGCACGUUGUCGAGUGUUGACUGGAUUGCGGAGUACCAACGCUUGACAUCUGUCCCAGACAUUCAAAUGGGCUUCAAGGCCGUCAAACACUACUUCAUCUCGAGGCCGUGUCCGGUGUUGGGCAAUGCCUUGACUCACGUCGAGGAAACCCUGACGACAACGGCGGAGCUCUUCGACAAGGCCGCGCAGAUCAUUGUCAUGAACAAGGAGGCCAAGAACCUCCAUUGUUCGUCUGCAGUGGCCUGCGAGUUUCGCAAGCAGCGGUACGAUGACAACAAUGCACCGCUCCUCUAUGUCCGCAUCCAAGUUGGGCAAGCGUCCUGCAGCGCUUUGCUGGAUAGCGGCGCGUUUCGCAAUUUCAUGAGCCAAGCCUUUAUGCAAACGGCUGGCCUUGGCGCACAAGUUCGGAGGAAGGCAAACCCAAUGGCGAUCAAGUUGGUAGACGGAAGGACGCAGCAACUUAUCGACCGCUACAUCGGGGCUGUACCAGUGUAUUUCGCACCUCAUGCAUGCAAACUGGUGACGUUCGACAUUUUGGACACAGACUUCAACAUUAUUUUGGGAAUGCUUUGUCUUGCAAGUGCGGAUCACACGGUGCACUUCCACCGGCGGACUCUUACCGUCUGCGACGCUUUCGGUGCCGAAGUGCCGUGUACUAUUCCUCUUCCGCACCCUUCGAUCCGAUGCCAAGUGGUGACGGCCAAGUCGUUCCGAGCUACUUGCACUUACGAGCAGCCCGACGAGAUAGGCCUAUGCUUCCUACGGACUGUUGCGGUAGCCGAUUCUUCACCCACGGACUUUUCUUCGGACCCCCGUGUGGUGCGGUUGCUUAACGAGUUUGCCGACAUCUUCGAGUCACCUACCGAUGUGGUGCCAGAUCGGUCGGAGAUCAUUCUUGAGGCCGGUGCCGUGCCGCUGAAAGGUUGCAUUUAUCGCAUGUGCGAGGAGGAGCUUAUAGCCCUCCGCGCGCAGCUCGAUGACUUGUUGGACAAGGGUUGGAUCCGCCCUAGUAGCUCCCCGUACGGAGCGCCAGUUCUCUUCGUACGGAAGAAGAACAAGGAUCUACGAUUGUGCAUCGACUACCGCAAGCUCAACGCGCAAACCGUCAAGAAUGUAGGGCCUCUUCCUCGUAUCGACGAUCUUCUUGAGCGAUUGGGUGGCGUGAAGUAUUUUUCUAAGUUGGAUUUGAAGUCGGGAUAUCAUCAGAUCUCGAUCCGAUUGAACGAUCGCUAUAAAUCCGCGUUCAAGACGAGGUAUGGGCAUUUUGAGUGGGUGGUCAUGCCUUUUGGCCUCACCAAUGCCCCGACGACCUUUCAGGCAACAAUGACCAAUGAGUUUCGUGCGAUGUUGGACCGGUUCGUGUUGGUCUACUUAGACGACAUUCUCGUCUAUAGCCGGACAUUGGAGGAUCAUCUUGGGCACCUUCGACGAGUGUUGGAGACGCUCCGCCACGCCAAGUACAAAGCCAACCGCGACAAGUGUGAAUUUGUCCGGCAAGAGUUGGAAUACUUAGGCCAUUUUGCCACACCAGAGGGCAUCAAUCCGUUGUCGAACAAGAUUGAAGCCAUCCAAGCAUGGCCGGAGCCACAAAACGUUACGGAUAUCCAUUCGUUCCUUGGCCUUGCCGGCUACUAUCAAUGUUUCAUCAAGGGAUACUCGAAGAUCUCGGCCCACUUGACCAAGAUUCAAUGCGAGGAUCGGUCGUUCGACUUCGGAGAGGAUGCACGAGAAUCAUUUUUGGCUCUCAAAGCCGCGCUAUAUCUGCGGAGGUCUUGCACAUAUACGACCCGCUAUUGCCAACGCACGUCACUACGGAUGCGUCCGGCUAUGGCAUUGGUGUCGUCCUCAAACAACACGAUGGCGUGGACUGGCACCCGGUCAAAGAAAGUGCCCGUCGUGCACUCCAUUGAUGAUGCACGCAAGAAGGAGCUCCUCGCCUUCGUCCACGCGCUCAAGUGGUGGCGGCACUUCCUCCUUGGUCGAAGUCAAUUCCGAUGGUAACAGGACAACAAUCCGUUGGUCUUCUAUAAAACCCAAGACACCGUCAAUAGC